AUGUCUCUUGGCCUUUCCAUGAGCAAGACAGAGUUAUCUACAAAGACAAUAGUUUGUGGUCCAACCAUCCCAAAAGAGUGUGAUAACAUCAAUCUCUAUGGUGGGAUGUGUUUCAGCAUUGGACCGUCUCUUCAACAAGGAGGACCUGUGCCAGCAUCUCUUCAAAACUGCAAGACUACAGAUAUUGCAUUCUUGCUGGAUGGGUCUGGGAGUGUGAAUCGAAACCAGUUCAACACCAUGAAGACAUUUGUGAAAGGCCUAACCACAAGACUUCUGCAUCAAAACACGAGGUUUGCCUUGGCACAGUACUCCAGUGGAUGCACCAUCCACCUGAAAUUCAAUAUGUUUGAGAGAGCAACAUGGAACCGUCAGGUGGACAGUAUCAAACAGCAACAAGGAGGCACUAAUACAGCUGGUGCCAUCAAGACAGUUGUGUAA